UACUCCAUUUCAUUGUUCUCCUUACUCAACUAGUUUUACCAUGGCUACUUCCUCCACACUUGAAACUUGUUUAAACGCUCAAGCUCCUGAGUUCUUCCCUAACAAACUCAACAAACUUCAACCUCCUCAUAACUACCACUACGCUCCUUUUCCUCGACAACCUCAUUUUUACUUUUACCCCACCAACACUAAACAUGCUUUUCAUCCAUCUUCUUUUUACUUCCACUUUCACCCUAACCACACUUUUCCUUUCUCACAAUCACAACAUAAACUCUCUCCUUUUCACCACUCUGCUGCUUUGGAAAAACAAGAGCUGAAAAAGGAUGUGGUUGUGGAACGUCGUCGUUCUGAUCAUGGGUUGAGAUUCCAUGGUUAUGAGUGUGGGAGGAAGGGAUUGAAAAAUGUUGCUGAAAAGGAUAAGAAAUUUGAUCAUCGUUUGAGAAAGAAUCACCAUUAUGGAAGAAAUGUUGGUGACACUUACUUUAGGGCUUUUCAUGAUCAUCAUAAGAAUAAUCGAAAUUUUCCUGUGGUCCCCGUGCGUCCUGAUGGAAAUCAAACAACUGUUAUGAUCAAAAACAUUCCUAGCAAGUAUACUCGAGAUAUGUUGGUGAUGUACUUGGAGAAUCAUUGCAUGGUGGAAAAUGCUAAAGAGGAAGAGAAUGGAGAAGAAAACACGUUUGCCUUUGAUUUCGUUUAUUUGCCAAUAGAUUUCAGAAGCGGGUUGAAUAAGGGAUAUGCGUUUGUGAAUUUUACAAAGGCAACGGCAGCAUGGAAAUUUCUGUUGACAGCAUCGGAUAGGAAAUGGGAGUUGUUUCUUUCCCGCAAAAUACGUCAAGUUGUUGCCGCACGCUUACAGGGUAAGGAGAAACUGGAGAGUCAUUUUGAGAGCAUGAAUUUUCCUUGUUCAUCUGACGAUGUUUUGCCAGUUUCUUUCAGUCCACCUCGGGAUGGUGUAACCAAAGGAAAUCAAAAGACAAUGGGGAAACUUCUUUUCAAGCCAACUACUACACACUCUAACUAUUAUUAGUUUUUUUUUUUUGGGUUUUGUAUAUAUAGUUUAGCUUAUGAACUUGAUGGAUCAGUUGCGUAUUUUGUUGUGUGUGUAAUUCCACGAUUAGUUGGGUGGAGCUUUGCCACACUUUCAAUCAAUCCUGUGGGUUGUGUGGUGGGGUCCACCCUACUUUGUGGAGCUAGGCUCGAGAAUCGACUGCUGUUAUCCAAGGCUUAGGCCGAGGAUGGUUUGGAUCUGUAAUCUGUUUCAGUAUUUUCUGCUGUUUCUUAUCUCAUCUGAUGAUCAUGAUGUUUGUCUUUUCUUAGUAGGUUUCUAGCUUUUUUUUGCCCUACUAUGUACGAAAGCUUUCA